CUCGGUGGCCUGGACAAACUAGUACAGCAGCACCCCGGGAUGAAAAUAACUAUGAGUGCAAAAGGGAGACGCCGACCACGCCGCCCCCGUACUCCGCCCACCCCCUCGAGGGUCUGAAAUAAAAUCCUCUGAGCCCUUGGGUGGCCCUGAGCGACUUCGUCACCCAAGCAUGAGGUCACAAGCAGUCGGUAGCGCAGAGGGAGAGGCCGCGGGGGAGGCGAGUUCUGAGUGAAGGAAGCGGGGCGGGACUCGGGCCGACGAGAGGUUAAAGUCGGCUGUGUUCUGCUGGUUCCUGCCACGGAGGAUUUUAGAAGUCUUCGUCUCAUCCAAAAUGGCUGCUGGCCAUUGUCUCUACUGCUCGGAAUGUCUCCAGAGAGAGUUCCUCUCCUGUUUCCUUACAAACCCUCACUAUGGCAGCCUCAUUAAUGCAGAUGGCCAUGCUGAAGUGUGGACAGAUUGGAAUGAUAUAUCCAAGUUUUUCCAGUAUGGAUGGAGAUGCACCACUAAUGAGAAUACCUAUUCAAAUCGUACCCUGAUAGGCAACUGGAACCAGGAAAGAUAUGAUCUAAGGAAUAUAAUACAGCCCAAACCCUUGCCUUCCCAGUUUGGACACUACUUUGAAACAACAUAUGAUACAAGCUACAAUAACAAAAUGCCACUUUCAAACCAUAGAUUUAAGCGAGAGCCUCACUGGUUCCCAGGACAUCAACCUGAGCUGGAUCCACCUCGAUACAAAUGCACAGAAAAGUCAACUUAUAUGAGUAGCUAUUCAAAACCUCAAAUUGAGCAUCACUCUGUGUGUGUAUGUAAUAAUAAUAACUGCCCAUUUCAGGGUGUGAGGUUCUAACAAAAUUAUAAGAAGCUUCAUUUUUCCAGAACAGAAUACAGGAGGGAGCACAUUUUAAGCACAACUAAGAACUCAGAAGACUAUAGCACAGUUUCACGCUCUGAAUAAAUAAAGCACAGGAAAUGUUAUCUACCACCUUUAACCAAUA